UUUUGGAGGAAGCCAGAAAAGAACAUCUUAGAAGUGUGGCCUCCGACUUUGAUUUUUAACACAAGAGAAGAAAGAGUAAUUAUUCUUCAGCAAGUUAUUAAAGUAAAUCCAGUAUCUUUCAUAUUCAGGAGUUUGUAGACUUAAGCACACCAUCAGCUUCUCCUCGGUGUGUUUUGCAAACGUAACGGGAAAACCCUCUGUGUGGGGCAACUGAACUGUCUUCUGCCCCAGCCUGGUGCAUGCUGGAAGGCGCGCAGGUCUCACGUGGUGUGAAAUUGUUUCUUUCAUUUUCCAUCGUAAGCAGCAGCAGCCAUGGAUCAAACACUAAAACCAUGCCAGGGCUCAUACCUCAAGCUCUUUCAGCUAUUGGUGCUGGUUGGUCUUCUUCACUACUGUUCAGGCACUACCCAGGUGACCAAGUCAGUGAAAGAUGUAGCGGUACUGUCCUGUGGUUACAACAUUUCAACGGAUGAACUGAUGAUCGCUCGCAUCUACUGGCAAAAACAUACUGAAAUGGUGCUGUCUGUCAUAUCUGGAAAGGUGAAAGUGUACUCCAAGUAUGAGAACCGCACCUUCACUGACAUCUCUAAUAACCUUUCCAUUGUGAUCCUGGCUCUGCGCCUGUCGGACAAUGGCGAAUACACCUGUGUCGUUCAGAAGAAUAAAACAGGGUCUUACAAACUGAAGCACCUGAGUUCCGUGACGUUAUCAGUUAGAGCUGACUUCCCUGUCCCUAGUAUAACUGACCUUGGAUAUCCAUCUCCUAAUAUCAAAAGGAUAAUUUGCUCAACCUCUGGAGGUUUUCCAAAGCCUCACCUCUCCUGGCUGGAAAAUGGAAAAGAAUUAAAUGUCAACAACACAUUACUCUCCCAAGAUCCUGAAACUGAGCUCUACACUAUUAGUAGUGAACUGGAUUUUAAUGUGAAAAACAACCACAGCUUCAUGUGUCUUGUCAAGUAUGGAGACUUAACAGUGUCACAGAUCUUCAACUGGAAUGAAUUUGAGCCACGCUCUCCUUUUCUUAAUCCGUACUGGUCCUGGAUUUUUAUCUUAAUAGCUGUGAUUAUGGCCAUUGCAGGAAUCUUCAGAUGCCUAUACAGUUGUGCUGCAAGGAGGAGAGAAAAAAGGAGGAAUGGGGAGAGCCUGGAAAUGGAAGAGAUCCCCCCAACUAUAGGUUCUGCAGAAGCAUCGGGCUAA